CAAAAUAAGUAAGUAAUAAGUGAAGACAAAAGCAAUGGCAUCUCCACGACAGAACAAUAUUUAUAAUGUCAUGGUGUGGUUCUUGUUCUUGGCCGGGCUGGCAUUGGUCUUCGAGGGAGCCCACGGGGCUGGAGGAGGGUGCGGUCAAACCGAAAUGGAAAUCUUGAAGCUCAUUCCUUGUUUGUCCGCUACUAAGGAUUCAACUGUCGCUCCUUCUAGCAAUUGUUGCAAUGAGGUCAAGGUUUUGGGCCAGAACCCGAGUUGCCUAUGCGCCGUGUUACUCUCAAACAUUGCUAAAAGCGCGGGAGUAAAACCCGAGAUUGCCAUCACUAUUCCCAAACGGUGCAACCUUCUUAACCGCCCUGUUGGUUUCAAGUGUGGAGAGUUUACUUUGCCAUGAGGAUUUAGCAUUGAAGAAUGAAGAUCCAUCACCCUGAGAAUUGCCAAUGUGUUAUGUUUUAUUUGCAGCAUUAAUAAAUCAAUAUAUAUCAUAUAGAUAUAUAUGCAUGUAAUAUUUCCAAUAAAACCUUCUAUGGUUGUCAUCAUGAAUAUAUAAGGGCUGAAUUUCUAAGUUUGGAAAAAAAAUGUUGAUAAAUGUAAUUUGUGAACAUGUCUAUUAUGAAUUUAUGAUUUAAAAAAAAGUGAAAAAUCUAAUUAAUCAGCUCUCAAAA